AUGAAUACCGUCCGAUCGUGUUUCGCCGCAAUCGUCUCGUUUCUAGUUUUCGCGAUCGGCUGGUGGGCCGCCGACGCCGUAGUCUGUUGCAACAGCAGUUCAGUCGUGGGCGGAAAAAACGCGUCUUGCCAGAACGGAAAUCGGACGUUCCACACGGUCGAGGCGAUCGGCGAUGGCACGUGCAAUGUCAACGGGACGGCUGUGCCGGUCCGGAAGUGCUGUCCGCCGGGCCAGUCGUACAAUCCGGAAGUGCGGUUCUGCGGACCGGCCGGGGCUGGCGGCGACGAGUACCUGCGGCGGAUGAUGAAGCGACUGAGGGACGGAUUCCGGGUGGUGGCCGAUGCGGUGAUGGUGGGUUAUGACUAUGAGCAGCCAAAGUGCAACGAAAAACAAGUGCUAGUCGACGUGCCCGCUGUGGAGGUACUUGGGCUGAUGCAGGCGCACCCGUCGGCCGUCGAGUUGCCACAGGGCUACUGCUUCGACUUGACGCAGUCCAAUGAGCUGGUGGCCCGGACGUGCCGGCCACGCGACAAGUACUGCGGCCCUGGCCUUAACACGUGCGUCAACAAGUGUUGCAGGCGCGACAAGAUGAUAGUCGCCGGCGCCAAUGGUCAGAAGUGCAAGCAGAGCGAGAAGCCGUUCACGAUGCCUUCCUAUGAAACAAACGCGGACGGUCCUCCGGUGGAAGAGUCGAACAGCACGGUGAUGCCAUACUAUUUAAAUCUCGAGUGUUCCGAAAGGGAAAGGGUGGAAGACGGGUUCAUGUUGACCACGGAUGGCAGACUUUACCUUAACGACGACGGCGAAAGCUUACCGGAAACCAAGUACUGCGUGGAGUAUUACGCCGUGGCCGGGCCACAGGUGGCCGUCGACCUGAAGGCGUUCGUGUGCUCCUCGGACAAUCCACUGAUCACGGCAGAGGACAUAAGUGGCAGCUGGAAGUACUUCGUCUUUCUGGCCGGUUUCGUACCUUCUAUCGUGUGUCUGGCGCUCACGCUGAUCGUGUACGCCAUACUGCCCACCCUCCGGAACGUCCACGGCUACUACGUCAUGUGCUACGUAGCCUGCCUACUCGUGUCGUUCAUCUCCCUCGUGAUCCUCCAGUGGGCACAGGAAGUGAUGAGCAGCCAUUUGUGCAUUCUAUCCGGUUAUUUUACAUUAUUUGCAUUUCUGACAUCAUUUUGCUGGUUAAACGUAAUAUGCUUCGAUAUUUACUGGAUGUUAAGGUACAACAAUUCAAUAAACCGAAAUAGAUCAAUAUCAGUACGUACCAUUAUGUACCAUGUUUACUGUUGGGGAUUUUCAAUUAUUUGCGUAUGUACUGGAUAUUUAUUUCAACAUUCACAAAACGAAACGCUACUGAAAUUUGCACCCGAUAUUGGUCACCAUAGAUGCUGGUUUUUUGAAUCCCUUGGCAACGGAGCCUUGAUUUUCUUCGUAAUACCCGUGUCUGUUAUGCUGAGCGCCAAUUUAAUUUUGUUUUCGCUAACUGCUAUUCAUUGUUCAAAAAUUAAAUCAGAACUUAACAAAUUCAAACGAACCGAUGAUUCAAAAAAUCAAAAAUUUCUUGUUGACAAAGAGAAAUUUGUAAUGAGCAUUAAGCUAUUUCUGGUUAUGGGAAUCCCAUGGUCAUUUGAGAUAAUAUCUAAAUUCUUCAAAAAUCAAUGGACCAUAUUAUGGGUUAUUUUAGAUGAAAUUAACGCACUACAAGGAGUGAUGAUAUUUAUUAUAUUUGUGGCCAAGAGCAAAGUUAUUAUGAAUUUACGAAAAAGGCUUAGAGGUUCAACGUAUCACAGUGAGUCGACAAAAAUGACCACUACCUCUGGGUACUCACACAGCGGCAGUGCUAAUAAAAGUUAUAAUGAUUUCUAA